AUGCCUGGCUACACUAGUCCUUCCUUCGCUCCCUCGGCGGAUAUGAUCGAAAUGAAGAACAAUCUUCUCACCGAUGUCGAGAUAAACACUCCAAUCCACCCACCCCUCAAAGAACACCGACAAACCUUCAUCAUUCUACAUGGGCGUGGAUCUUCAACUGAAGAAAUUGCGCCUGCCCUACUAUCGUCUACAAACUCAAAAAACGAGGCGCUUCAAAGUGCCUUUCCUCAUGCCAAGAUCAUAUUUCCUACUGCAACAAGAAGCCGACCUUACAUCUUCAAAGAAGUCCGAACAGAAAGCUUCAGUUCAUUGCUUAUACAUCAAUGGUUUGGCAACUGGUUUCUCCAAAAUUACCUUUCGGAACGGGAAAAGCUUUCUGUUCCGGGAUUGUAUGCAUGUUGCUCUUAUAUGCAUAAGUUACUCAAACGAGAGAUUCAACCAAUAGGCAAAGUGAAUAUCGUACCAUGGGGUUCAAGGCAGGGUGCUGUGCCGGCUUUAAGCACACUGUUCACUUGGGAUGGAGAGCCUUUUAUUGCACUGGUUGGAAUGAGUGAGUGGCUACCAUUCAGCAACUGGCUGUGGGAUUUCACCCAUGGAGACGAUUCAGAUUUACAUCGCAAUCCAUGGUAUGAUCCUGAUUCCUACUGCCGAAGGAGCAUGAAGACAGCCCAGAUUUCGACUGGCCAACAAAGGCAAUAA